AGGGAGCUGACAGGAGGCCACACUGUGAUGGUGGGCGGGAUGUUGUCGGAUAAGGGCGUCGUGUAGUGCUGGAUGACAGGGAAGGGGAUGCUGUAAAGAGGAGGAUAUAGUGUAAUGAGCUGAUUAUUACAAGGAAAGCUCUCAGUGCAGCCGGCUUCACCUUCCAGAUUCUAGAACACCGGGUAAGUGAUUAUCUUCUUCUAAUAACCUCGCACGCUGCAGCUUGUACUCAAACUACGUCUGUACACACAGUAUCUCAACAUGUACUCGGUGUAGGAUUAUUCAUUGCCUGAGGAAGAAUACAGACAUAUUAUGGGCUUUUAUAUAGAUAAACAUAUAUUCUGAACAUGCGUCAUAAAAGCUGAGCUCUGUGGGGACAGGAAUUACACGUGUAUAGAGGAUUUUAAUUGAUUAGAAACAUAUGGCACUGAUAUUCUGCUCAAUUAUACUAAUAAAACCAGAUUACAAAGACACAUGUGGGCAAAUUCAUUAUGUUUCACAGGCAUUCAUUCAUUUGGAACCGAUUCUGGAACUGCUGUCCAGGGUGUUGCACUUUAAGGCCUUUAUGUAAGCGUGGCCAUUCUAUUUAAAAAGUCAUUAGCCCACCCUGCGAGCAGGCUUUCUCCUCCCUCGUGCAUCAUGCGGGGUAUACCUGUUCCCCUAUCAGGCUGGGUUCAGCCCUGUAACAUGUCUCUCUCACAAAGGGGUUUGGCUCUUACGCUUGUCUCUCUGCUACUGGCUGCAGUCCACUAUUGUGACUUGAGGGGCUGGGACUAAUGUAUGGGGAGAGAGAAAGAGGCAGGGUGAAUACAACACAGCUCUUACUUAACCAUUCAAGUUCAAAAGCAUGUCUUGCUCAAUGAUACGGAAACCUAUCCGGGUGAUAUUUACUUUACACCAUGUCAAGUUAUUUUAAUGCUCUCUGUAAACGUAGUCUCGUGUGUGUCUCUCUCUCCCAGCAAAUUCUGUAGCGCUGUAUAAUGGGAUAUAUAUAUAUAUUCUCUCUAGCAAACGUGUGUGCAUUUAUAACACAAAUGUAACAAGCAGGGCCACCCAUAAAAUGUACCUCACAAAUACCCCAUACAAAGAAUAAACCAAAAAAUAUAUACAAAAUAUGUAUGUACUGAGGUCCAAACAAUAUAUAAUACACACAGGUAAGUGAAACAAAUAUGUGACAAGUGGAAUCAAACCACCAAUAAGGAAAAUAUAGCCUGCAUAACAGGAUAAAAAGAACACAUUUAAACCUGGUGAUAAAAUCUAAAAGGAAAGGAAACUGGAUAUGGUGAAGCUGAUAAACAAAAGGGAAGGGGGAGGAAAAACACUCACAAGAUGGAAAUAGUUAGCAGGCUUGUCUCCCCCACAGGGGUACGUUCCCAAAAAGAUUCUUCCAUUCCUGGCUUCUUAGGUGUAUAUAAAAUAGAGCCGAAAUGGCAAAAUAGUGCAACACGGUAUAAAAUACAUUUUAAUGCUUUCCUAUGAAGCUGGAUGUACUCUUGUAGAGUGUGAGGAUGUCCAGCGUCAGGGGACCAAAAGUCUGUCUGAGAGACAGCCACAAGAUAUGGUGUUAAAGGACCACUCUAGGCACCCAGACCACUUCAGCUUAAUGAAGUGGUCUUGGUGCCAGGUCCAGCUAGGAUUAACCCAUUCUUUUAUAAACAUAGCAGUUUCAGAGAAACUGCUAUGUUUAUGAAUGGGUUAAGCCUUCCCCCAAAGCCUCUAGCGGCUGUCUCAUUGACAGCCGCUAGAGGCGCUUGCGUGCUUCGCACUGUGAUUUUCACAGUGAGAGCACACCAGCGUCCAUAGGAAAGCAUUGUGAAUGCUUUCCUAUGCGACCGGCUGAAUGCGCGCACAUUCAGCCGACGGGGAGGAUCGGAGGAGGAGAGCUCCCCGCCCAGCGCUGGAAAAAGGUAAGUUUUUACCCCUUUUCCCCUUCCAGAGGCGGGCGGGAGGGGUCCCUGAGGGUGGGGGCACCCUCAGGCCACUAUAGUGCCAGGAAAACGAGUAUGUUUUCCUGGCACUAUAGUGGUCCUUUAACCCCUUAGCGACCCAGGACGGUUCAGGACCGUCAUCGGCAUUUUUGCCUUGAGGACCGAUGACGGUCCUGAACCGUCCUAACGGUCUCCGUUACUUACCUGAUCGCCGUCGUUCCCCCGGCGGCGAUCAGCGUGGCUCCAGUUGUGGGGAGACUGCCUGCAGCCCAGACAGUCUCCCCACACUGAAUUAGGACCCCCUGUGGCCAUGUGAUCGCUUAACACAGCGAUCACAUGGUCACACUAGGUGUCCAUGUGUCUGCCUGCAGGGGGACUGUCUGUGCUGACAGGCAGUCUCCCUGCAUGUGUAAAAUCAGAAAAAAAAUAUAAAGUUAACGUUAAUAAAAAAAUAACUAUAUAGGUGUAUAUAUGAUAUAUAGACAUAUAUUAUAUUUAUAUAAUAUAUGUCUAUAUAUCAUAUAUAUAUAAUGCCAUACUAAGUGUAUUUUUAUAUUAAUAUGCACUUAUAAUUAAAUUACACACGUAUAUAUAUAAUAUAUAUAAUAACUAUAUAUAUUGUAUAUAUAUAUUAUUAUAAAAUAUAAAUAAUAAGUAAUUUAAAUUAAAUAAAAAUUUUUUAAAAUAAUAAUAAAAAAUUUAAAAAAAAUUAUAUAGCUAUAUGAAAUUUUAUUCUAACUGUAUUUUAAAAUUAAUAUAUAUAUAUUUAUAUCAAAAUACACUUAGAAUGAAUUUGUAUAUAUAUCUAUGUAUAUAAAAAUAAAUAAAAAUAAUAAGAAAUAUACAUAUGUCCAUAUACAAAAUUACAUAAAUAAUUAUAUAAAUAUACACGUAGACUUCAGAUAUAUAAAUAUGCAUAUAUAUUUAAAUUCUACGUGCAUAUUUAUGUAAUAGUUUUACAUAAUUCAGUAAUUUUAUUGAUUGCAAUUUAAGGGACCUGCCUGCCAACCCAGGCCGAAAUUCCAGAGAAUUGAAUUUGCUAGCACUGUAUUUUACCCUGUAACGUUCUACGACACCCUAAAACCUGUACAUGGGGGGUACUGUUUUACUCGGGAGACUUCGCUGAACACAAAUAUUAGUGGUUCAAAACAGUAAAACAUAUCACAGCGAUGAUAUUGUCAGUGAAAGUGACUUUUUUUGCAUUUUUCACACACAAACAGCACUUUUACUGAUGAUAUAAUUGUUGUGAUACGUUUUCCAGUUUUUAAACACUAAUAUUUGUGUUCAGCAAAGUCUCCUGAGUAAAACAGUACCCCCCAUGUACAGGUUUUUAAAGCCGUUGCGGCGACAUGUAACGGCUUUGAGCCCCUGGAGGUCCGGUGCACUUACCUCAGCCGCAAUCCUCUUCUGGAGGGCUGCCUGACAGCCCAGGCAGCCCUCCCCGGCAAAUGAGGCUCCCGGGGGCCAUGUGAUCGAUCUCAAAGAACAAUCACAUGGCCCCCUAUAGCUGGCUGUGGAUCUGCCAGCAGGGGGACUGCCUGAAAUGUCAGACAGUCCCCCUGCUGGUAGGAGGUGUAAAAAAAAAAUAAAAUAAUUAAACCUGUUUAAAAUAAAUGUAUAGAUAUACAAACGUCAUACAAAGUGUAUUUUAAUAUUAAUAUAAGUACAUAUAUUAGUGUUAAAAUACACUUAGAAUGACGUUACAUAUAUAUAAUGUGUGUGUGUGUGUGUGUAUAUAUAUAUAUAUAUAUAUAUAUAUAUAUAUAUAUACACACAUACGUAUAAUUACUAUAACAAAAUAUUUUAAAAAAAUUAAAAUAUACAUAUGUAAUUUCAUUCUAACUGUAUUUUAUUAGUGUGUGUGUGUAUAUAUAUAAUAUAUGUGUGUGUGUGUGUAACAAAAUACACUUAGAAUGACAUUCUAUAUAUAUAUAUCUAUCUAUAUAUAUAUAUAUAUAUAUAUAUAUAUAUAUAUAUGUAUAUAUAUUUCAACAGUUUAUGGCACUCAUCCCAAAAAACAAUAAAUGAAUCACGUCCAGCAAUUACCAGGUGCCUCUCUCCGUGCAAAAAUAUAAACCGAAAAGAUUGAGAGCACUCAAUGGAUUUUGUAAAUCAAUAAUGUAUUAAAUAUAAAGCAUACAAAUCAACGUUUCGACCGUCUAGCGGUCUUUAUCAAGAUGCUAUACCAUGUGAAAAUGCAAAAUAAAUACCAUAUCAUGUAUUAAACUUACCCAAUCACCGAGUGUACCCUGCACAUAUAAUUACAUAAAAGAUUACAUUAGUUUACCCGUAGAAUUUAAAUACCUAUAAAUGCAUAUAUAUUAAAAUUCUACAUGUAUAUUUAAGUCAUCUUUUAACAUAAUUAUGAGAUUUGAUUAAUGAAAAUUUGAUUGACAUGCAUGACAACAAAGGGAGGAAGUGCAGAGAAUUUAAUUCUUAAGCACUCUAUUUGACCCUGUAACUCUCCAAGACACCAUAAAACCUGUACAUAGGGGGUACUGUUUUACUCGGGAGACUUCGCUGAACUCAAAUAUUAGUGUUUCAAACUGGUAAAUUGUAUUUCAACGAUUAUAUUUUAAGUAAAAAUGAUGUUUUUUGCAUUUUUUUUAAAAACGAACGGCAUUUUUAUGGACUAUAUUAUUUUUGUAAUAUGUUUUACUGUUUAAAAACACUAAUAUUUGUGUUUAGUGAAGUCUCCCAAGAAUAACAGUACCCCCCAUGUACAGGUUUUAUGGUGUUUUGGAAAGUUAGAGAGUCACAUAUAAGGCUUGCAUUUCAUUUUUUUGACAUUGAAAUUUGCCAGAUUGGUUAUGUUGCCUUUGAGAGCGUAUGGUAGCCCAGGAAUGAGAAUUACCCCAUGAUGGCAUACCAUUUGCAAAAGUAGACAACCCAAGGUAUUGCAAGUGGGGUAUGUCCAGUCUUUCUUAGUAGCCACUUAGUCACAAACACUGGCCAAAUAUUAGUUUUUUGCUUUUUCACACAAAAACAAAUAUGAACGCUAACUUUGGCCAGUGUUUGUGACUAAGUGGCUACUAAAAAAGACUAAACAUACCCCACGUUCAAUACCUUGGGUUGUCUACUUUUUCAAAUGGUAUGCCAUUAUGGGGGUAAUUAUCAUUCCUGGGCUACCACACCGUCUCAAAGGUAACAUUACUAAUCUGGCAAAUUUCAAUGUGAAAAUGGAACGUUCUAUAUUUGACCCUGUAACUUUCCAAAACACCAUAAAACCUGUUAAUGGGGGGUACUGUUGUACUCGUGAGACAUCGCUGAUUAAAUAAAUGCAUUGUUUUGCAGUAAAACCUAACCGUAUUAUGACAUUCACAGCUAAAAUGUGAGACGGAAAUUUAAAAACAAAAUCUUAUUUUCUCACAUUUUUUAAAAUUUUAUUCAUAAUAAAUUAUGUUCCAUAUAUGAAUAGUUAAUGAUAAAUUAAAGCCCUGUUUCUCCUGAACAAAAUUAUAUGUGUGGGUCCACUUAAUGUGACAGUGGUGAAUUACGGGUGAACAGACAUAUAGCGCAAAUUCCAGUUUUCGUUUUGUUUUGAUCAGAACGUGUACUAUUGACUCCGUCCUGAAGGGGUUAAAACACAUUCUGAACUUUCCUGUCGAAACAUGACUCAAGUAGACUUAUACUGCUUUAUAAAAUGGUCUUGGGUACUGUUUAAAAUAUUAAGCAAUUCCUGUACAAGUUUAUUAAAUUAGAUUUAUAUUUAGACUUUGCCCAAACUAUAUAUGGUUUAAUUAGGUAUUGAGCCAGACUUUAUUAAAAGGAUUCUGCAACUUAUUAAAACAUUUUAAAAUUCAUUUUAUUAAACUAAACUAUGCAUGAAAAACUGCACAGUGAUCUGUCUUUUCUUCAGAUCUGAAUCUCCCUCUGAUGCUGUAAAAUGUUGCCAGGAGCCCCAGCCAAUCCUGUUGCUUCCAAUGAUAAAUGGUAGAAUCUUUUUGCACAUAAGAACUCUGCGAGAGAGAUGGUUGCUGAUGCACUCUGCAUGCAUGCACCAUGGAGUAACGAAUUUGGUUCAUCCCAUUAAAAUCACAUACAACACAUAGGCAGCUUGUUUAUUUAGCUUGAUUUAAAUCAAUUCAGUAUUCUGUGCAUAUACAGUAUUUAGAAUAUAGCAAAAAUAAACUAUAUGGCCAAAAUGUGUGUACACCCUGUGGCAAACGCUUCUUUUCCUGUAUGUUUGCCACAAGCUCCUGGAGGAGCCUGCUGGUCAGCCUCCUGCCCUAGGAUUAUGGGCCAGGUAAAAGACAAUGCCAGGUUCCUGCGGUGGAGCCUGACCCUACAACCAUGCGACUUUUCCAUUCAUUAUAGACCCGGUAAGCAAAAUGGCAAUGCUUCCUGGACAUCCCCAAGCCGAUCCAUUGGGAUCAGACUGUGUAUGCCAGCUUGUGGUUAAGUGGAAGCUCUUGCCGCGCAUGCGCAUUUGGAUCUGAUGUCGGCAGGGGGAGGAGAGGUCACCAGCGCCGAGGGAGCCAGUCACUGGAGAAAGGUAAGUGGCUGAAGGGGGGUUUAACCCCUUCAGCUAGCGGGAGGGCGGCCCUGAGGGUGGGGGGACCUAAUGACCCUAUAGUGCCAGGAAAAUAAGAUUGUGUGUUUUCGUGGCACUAUAGUGCUCCUUUAAUGGUUCCAGAGUGGCUGAAGGAAGGAAUUAGCGGAGGUAACCAGUCUGGUUACCCGUGGUCUGCUACUCACCCCUAGUAAUUAUUGAGUUCAGUUCUUUCAUCCUCACCACUUGCUAAACGACUCAGAAUCUAGCACAUGAAAGUCAUGAAACAUUAAGAGCUCAGUGACUUUAAAUGUGCCGCUGUCACAGAAUGCCACUUUUGUCACAAGUUAGGUUGGUAGGUUUCUGCCCUCCUAGAUCUGCCUCAAUCAACUGAAAGCGCUGAUAUUGUGAAGUGGAAGUGUUUAAGCUACAAAGUGGUAAGCCAGAAAUACACACAAUACAAGGGGGUCGAAAUACUGACACAUGUAGCCUGCAAAGAUCGCCUGGGAUUUCAUGGCUGAGCAGCCAGCUAUAAACCUCACAUCACACUGCUAAUGGAUACUGGAGCAUUAGAAACGUGUUCUCUGGCAUAAUGAAUCACGCUUCAUUAUCAGCAGUCUGAUGGAAGAAUUUUGGUGUGGCGGAUGUCAGCACAACACUACCUACUGGAGUGCAGAGCGCUUAGUGAAGAAGGGAUACUGGUGUGUGGGUCUGGUUUUCAGGGUUUGGGCUAGGCACGUUCAUUCCAGUGAAGGGUCAUUUUAAGAGUACAGGAUACAAAGACAUUUUAGACACUGUGUGCUUCUAACUUCAUGGCAAAAUUUUGGGAUGGUCUUUUCUUGUUUUAGCUGCUCAAAAAGCAAGGUGCAUGAAAACAUGGUUCUGGCGAGUUUGGUGUGGAGGAUACUAAGUGGCCAGAAAUGAACCCCACUGAGCACUUUUGGGAUGAAUUAUAACUCUAAUUGCAAGCCAGACCUUCUUGUUCAACUUCAGUGCUUGAUGCUUGUACAAAUUCCCAUAGAUCCAACUCAAAAUCUUGUGGAAUGCCUUUCCUGAACAAUGGUGGCUCUUACAGCCACGAAGGUGGUGUCAAAUCAAUAUUAAUUAAAGAGUUUGGAAUGGGAUGACCAACAAGCUCAUUUAGGUGUGACGAUCAGGUGUUCACAUAUUUUUGCCAUAUAGUGUAUUUCCUAAUGAUGAACAUUUUGGUUUAUAGGUGAGCUUGUGUGGUUGGUACUCAAUGUUUUAAAAGCCUCUGUCAACACAACCGGUUUAAAUGUUUUUAUUUACCAUCUUAGAAUAUUUAAAAUACCAUUGACACCAUCUAAUCUCCACUUCCUUUAAGCAUGCUCAUCUGGCAUGGCACACUAGAGUUUUUUGGGUUUUUUCCCCCUAAACUUAGGAAUGCUGAGAGAUCUUUGACUUUACUUAGAUUCCAAUUGACUGUGGGCAUUUAUUUAUCUUAAUUCAUUUACAAUCCCUUCUUGGGAUUAAGAAGGUGAUUACACUCCUCUCAAUGUCCAUCCCAAGUUAUGAACUCUAAUAUUUUAUAUUUUGGUAAUUCGAAUAUGUAUAUUUACCAAAAUAUUUUUAACCUCAAUCUGUAUUCUAAAUUUUAGUAUCUACAUUUUGUCUUACUAUGACAUGGGAAUUAAAAAUCAUUUUAAAAUUUUAGAACAAAGUAGUUGAAUUGGAAAAAUUGUCCAAGUCAGUUAUGCUUCCAGCUCAGCUAUUUAGGCCUUUAAAGGACCACUAUAGUGCCAGGAAAACAUACUCAUUUUCCUGGCACUAUAGUGCCCUGAGGGUGCCCCCACCCUCAGGGACCCCCUUCCCACCGGGCUGGAUGACGAGGAAAGGGGUUACACUUACCUUUUUUCCAGCGCCGGGCGGGAGCUCUCCUCCUCCUCUCCGCCUCCGAUCCUCCCUUUUGGCUGAAUGCACACGCGCGGCAAUAGCUGCACGCACAUUCAGCCGGUCUCAUAGGAAAGCAUUUACAAUGCUUUCCUAUGGACGCUUGCGUGUUCUCACUGUGAUUUUCACAGUGAGAAUCACGCAAGCGCCUCUAGCGGCUGUCAAUGAGACAGCCACUAGAGGAUUUGGAGGCUGGAUUAACCCUAUUAUAAACAUAGCAGUUUCUCUGCUAUGUUUAUAAAAAAAAAAAAGGGGGGGGGGUUAAUCCUAGCUGGACCAGGCACCUAGACCACUUCAUUAAGCUGAAGUGGUCUGGGUGCCUAGAGUGGUCCUUUUAAAUUUGAAAAUCACUUUGAAUGCUUGCACACUUUAACACUGUAGCAGUUAUAGUAGUAGUUUUCUUUAGAAGCUGGGGGUCUCUUCACCACAUUUGCACAAAGGCAUGACAGAUAUGGCAGAUUUUUCUUUAAAAAAAAAAAAGGAACACUCCAAGCACCAUAACCACUACAGUGCACUGUAGUGGUUAUAAAGCCAGUAGUAUCCUGGUGCCCCCAAUGUAAGUAGUCAAACAGUUUCUAUAAUGGUUUGCCUUCUUACCUGGGACCAGCCAAGCACCGAGGCAUGCCUCCCAUACAUCUUUUAGAGAGCCAGAAGCUCUAGGAGCCAAAUCCUGCAGUGCAGUGUUGGCUUAUUUUCUGAAAGUGUGUUCUGCGCCAUGGAAUUAGCUUAGAGAGCUUGUGGCUCUUUGUCGGAAGUUGUGGAGGCUGGGAGCGGUGCUUGGGGGACCCCAGGUAAGAAGUCAAGCUAUUCGCGGCUAUUUUGACUAUAUUCAUUGUGGGAUGCCAGAACACCUCUGGCACCAUAAAUACUACAUAGCAUUGUAUUGGUAUGGUGCUCGGUGUGUUCCUUUUAAGUCCCUUUGUUUUACAUAGCGUAAAAAUGUUUUGUUGUGAACUGGCAAGAAAAGUGCAAGGUAAAAUACCUUGGAGUUUAUUUACUAAACAGUGACUUGAAAACCUGAUUUGCAAAAGUUCUCCAAAAAUUGGUAGUCCCAGCUAGGCCAUUUUAACAUAAAAUUUCCAAUUAGGUUUUUAGUUCACCACAAUUUGCUGUUUGGUGUUUAACCUCUAUGAGUUAGAGGAGAUUUACCAAGUCCACUAAUUUGGCUUAAAAAAGAAAAGUCUCAAGUCAGACCCUCACCUCAGUUGGAUGAGGAAUGUAGAUAGGUCUUCUAUAGCGCCAGAUAUGAUUGAUGAAAUUGCACCAUUGCUUGCUCGGGCACGUCCUUGCUAAAUACAGGCUUAUAUGUCCUCAGGGAAUUCUUUCUUUGUUUCCAAUCACACUAUACAUUGGUGUUAAAAAAAAAAAAAAGUAAAAUUGUAUAUUAUUCAGUAUGUAAUGGCUAUGGAGGUAUAUAUAAUAUUUAAAAAAUGCAUUAAAAAAUAAAACUAUUCUAGCAUUUAUUUAGCAUGAUUUGUUAAAAAAUUAGGCUAGUGACUGUGCUACUUUAAGUUUAGCAACUGUAUCACCAGUUCAGCAUAUUUCUCUAUUUUGUAAAUAAACCUCUUGGAAAUUGGUGAGGUAUUAUGUAUUCUACCAAAUGUUUAGCAUUGUAUGUUAAUGUUGUGUUUUGAUUGCAGUUUAAAGAUGGCAGAUACAUUCAAGAUUGAAAGUCCCAGUGUGCGAUAUUUGAAGGAUGUGAUAGAAGCUGACUACAACUAUCAAACUACACAGGUCUACGAGGAGAAUGGGGUAACCAAGGUAUCAGAAACAAUCUAGAAGCACUCCUCUACCAAAAUGUAUUCAGAAUAUUUCAAAGCUUGCUUGUUAAAGGACCACUCUAGGCACCUAGACCACUUCAGCUUAAUGAAGUGGUCUGGGUGCCAGGUCCAGCUAGGGUUAACCCAUUUUUUCAUAAAUAUAGCAGUUUCAGAGAAACUGCUAUGUUUAUGAAUGGGUUAAGCCUUCCCCUAUUUCCUCUAGCGGCUGUCUCAUUGACAGCCAUAGAGGCACUUGCGUGCUUCUCACUGUGAUUUUCACAGUGAGAGCACGCCAGCGUCCAUAGGAAAGCAUUAUGAAUGCUUUCCUAUGUGACCCGCUGAAUGCGCGCGCAGCUAGCCAACGGGGAGGAGAAGAGGAGGAUCGGACGAGGAGAGCUCUCCGGCCAGCACUGGAAAAAGGUAAGUUUUAACCCCUUUCCCCUUUCCAGAGCCGGGCGGGAGGGGGACCCUGAGGGUGGGGGCACCCUCAGGGCACUAUAGUGCCAGGAAAACGGUUUCCUGGCACUAUAGUGGUCCUUUAAGUACAUCAUAGUGAUUUUAUUUUGAGAUUGGACUAGUAAGCACUUUUAAAGGCUUGCAAAUAAAAAAGUCCUGGAACAGGGUUGGAACAGACAUAUUUGCAGAUAUCCCCUUCAUUCCAACACAAUGGGGAAAAUAUCACAUUGGAUCCAUUUCAUUUUGGGUCACUAUAGAGUUACAAUCCUGAACUGUGAUAAUUAUUUUCUAAAUUUGGGGAACUACAAUGGGGACAAGAUUUGCCACAGUUAUGCCAAUCUCUUUAUGGGCCUAUGGGGAGGAAUACAUGUAGACAAAUAUGGUCCUUACAGGUUAAUUAUUUUUUUUUAAGAGGUGGCAUUUAGGGUAAGGGUUUUAAUCCGGUAUCUCAAACUCCAGUACCCCAGAUGUUUCUGAGCAACAACCAUGCUUCUCUGGCCAUCUAUUAUAGGAGUUAUAUGCCAUCAACAACGGGGGGCAGAGUGUGAGAUCCCUUUAAUUGUUUCUGUCUGCUUUAAAGAAUAUAAGGUUCAACAUCAGGUUUACUUCUAAUUGUAUAAUUAUUACAGUCAACAUCCUUGAUCUUUGUGUUAAAAUAGAGAAUGAAAGAGAAGUUACUGAAACACUCUUUAAGGAGGUCUAAAUUUGGAAAAAAAAAUACUGUUCUUUUUGAUAAUUCUUGCCAGACCCAGAGAAACUCCACCUUUUGAUGAUGGCUAUGUGAGUUAAGAAAAUAUUUUUAUUAAGUACUCUUUGGAUACAGGUGUCCCAGAGAAUCUCAUUUUGGACUUCUAGAAUAUAGCCAGAAUCUUAAAUCCAUUCUCCUUAUUUCCUGAGAAUAGAAUGGAAAUGAUUUAGGUUGAUUUGGCAGCUAGUCGGCCAGCCAAUUAAAGGCCCUGGUGUGGUUAUACUAUUAGAUUAUCUGGCUGUAUUAGAGAUGUGUACCAAUGGAGCAUACUGGCUUCACGGAAUAAGCAGCUCUGGUUUGGCAGUGGACUCUGUUAUGACCAAAUUACUGCGACCAGUGAACCUUUAUUAUUUGCACUAUAAUAGAAACUUAACCAAUCCACUCUGAAAUACACAGUUGGAACAAAAGUAAACUUAAAAAGUAAAAGAGUAGCAGUGUGUGUGUGUGUGUUUGUGUAACUGUGGUUAGCUGUGGUUAGCUGUUUGUGUAACGUUAUGGUAGUAGAAAUGUGUGGGUAGCUGAAUAUGUAGUGGUGUUUGUACAUGUAGGCUUGGUAGUUGUGCGUGUCUGCAUCUGUUGCAUUUCUGAAUUUGUUUUCCUUCCUCUCCCACCACGAGAUUGCAAUGUUCAGUUUGAGGUGGUGUGGACAUGCACAGACCAGGCUCCCUCAGACUGAACACCGCAAUCACUGGGCAGAAGGUAGGGAGGGGACUAUUAUCAGGCAGAGUGGGCACCCCCAUUUUUGAAUUUCCACAAAUAAUCAGCUGCAGUCCGAGAGAAUAAGGGAAAAUAGUUCUGUAUUGAACUGAUAAUGCUUAUGAACUAUUCAUAGCAAGACCACUUAAUGUUAUCUCAUAUAUAUAUAUAUAUUAAGUGUUCUUGCAUAGCAAGACCACUUAACGUUAUCUCGCAUAUAUAUAUUAAGUGUUCUUGCACAGCAAGACCACUUAAUGUUAUCUCACAUAUAUAUUAUUAUUAUUAUUAUUAUAGCCAAAUUUACCACCCUAACUCCUCCCACAGUUUUUACACUACAUAGACCGUAAUAUACCGAAACGUGCGGAUUGUUCCCGAUUGGAUUGCUAUUACUUUGUGGAACGUUUCGCCGAAUGGUUCACGGAAUAUCGUCGUUCUUGUGGCAAAAUUGGUCCCAUAGGAAUGAAUGGCAAAAUGUUCAAAACUAGAGUGGGAGCUGGCAAAAUCUGAAAAAUCAGGACAUGGUUUCUAAACUGCCACCACUUCCUCAUUUUCAAGCCCAGCUACACAAAUCUUAUAUCAAAACGUUCAGCUAUCCCUGCUGCCACUAGAAAUGUCCACGGCUAAGCCAUAUUCCUGAUAGUUUUCACAAUAUGACCAUUUGUUUGCAACUCACGCCGUCCAUUGACAUUCAUUGAAACGCCACUCUAGCCAGCUCAAACUUGAAAGGCAAUUUCUAAACUGCAACUGUGCCUUCAUUUUUAAUAUUUCCCCAGAAAUUGUAGCUUUCUAGUUAAGCUUAUUAUUGUAAAAUGGUUUAGAAUAACUUUGAAAUUAUGAAGGUACAGAAAGGAAAUGGGGAAAUAGUAUGUUAGAACAAUACAUGCUAUUCUCUUCAACUACAGCAGGUACCGAUCAAGACAAAUUAAAGGCGUUCCAAAAAUUAUCUCAGACUUAUAAGCAGUCAGUGCAUGGGGGCCGUGGGAAAGCUAAGUGUUAAGAGACAUGCACGACUAGUGAGUUUUCCGAACACUAUAAUGAUCCUUUAUAAUAGUCCGACGUGCAUCGCUAAGAAUUAGUCAGUGCUUUCACUACCGGACACAUUCUUUAACAUGACUAUUACUGGAUAGCUAAUUUUUUAAUAUAUAUUUUGCAAUUACCUUGUCUGUUCUCUACUGUUCUUUGUUUAGUCCCGUAGACUUUCAUUGGUUUCUCUUUUAUAUCCUGUGUUCUGGAGACCUUUUAUGGGAUCAUUUACUUCUACCAAGACAGACUGGUGUAGGGUAAUAUUAUGACCAUAUAAAGGUCACAAUCAAAUGCAUAUUCUUUACAUACUAUACUGAAUUACACAGAGGUCACUCUUUUCAGGGUGCAAUGAAACUGUAUCUGUUGGGAACAAGAAUAUGACACCUUUCUGUUUGCCAUAAAUAGGACUCAUUCAUUUAUGCAUUGAAAGAUCCCAGAACAUCUGCACUACUAGAGCUAGUGUAGACAUUCUAUGUAUACAUAUGGUUUAGAAUUUAUCUUUAUGUUCAUUCAUGUAUUUUUCUUACGUUUGUGUUCUAUUUAAGCUUUCCUAAAAGUGCAACAAAUACAGAGAAUACGAGAACUCUGAGAAUGGGCAAAAGGUCAGAGAACCUCAAUAGAUUGCCCUUCAGUUAGUCCCCGGUCAGGCCUCAACAAUGUUUUUGAUCACUUGUGCCAUUACACAGUGAACCUAUACUAUUUGCAUAUUAGACUGAUUUUGACAAUAAGAGUGGCCCAGAUGCGAAAUGCUGGCAAGUGCCGUCUGCAAGGGAAAUAUAGCAACCCAUGGAUCUUCACUUUGGCCUUCUUUGGGCUUUAUCGGCAAGGUGUGUCUGAUACAGUUAGCAAGGGGUCCACGUCAGGAUUACUAUUUUAACUUUGGGAGAGCAUAAGUAAUGCAUCACAACAAAACCAAAGAAUAUGAGAACUAGCUUGCCCUGUGGUUAGUCCCCAUUUAGAAGUCUCAAAAGUGCAACAGAAGCUCCAUUGAAGUUUUGAUAAACUCUCUAAAAAAAAAUAAAAAAAAUUUGAUUUGUAGCACUAGUUAACCAGCAGCACUUAAACUACUGGACAAUUAAUAGCCUCUAAACCAAACAUUUUCACAGUCCAAUGCCUUAAAUCUGUAGAUUGUUGAUUGAUACGUGAAUUAAACUUAAAGGAACACUAUAGGGUCAGGAAGACAAACAUGUAUUCCUGACCCUAGAGUGAUAAAAACACUCUCCAACCCCUUUUGCAGCAUUGCCCCAGGAAGCACCUCUAGAGCCAUCUGAGGAGUGGUCACUGAAGGUGUCCCUAGACAGUAAUGUAAACACUGCAUUUUCUCUGAAAAGAUAGUAUUUACUGCAAAAAGGCUGAGGGACUGACUAUACUCACCAGAACAACUAUGUUAUGUUGUAGUUGUACUGGUGACUAAAAUGUCCCUUUAAUUUUAAGUAGUAUGAUUUGGGUAUAGGUAUAUUGCCAAUAUCAAGUCAUUUUACUCAACUAGUUUUAUAGGAACGUAACCAAUUUAUUUUAACUUUUGUGAACCAAGUGUCCUUGUCAUUUAAUGGUAGAAUAUAACCUAACUGUCUCACCAAACCAUUUCUUUAUAUGUCUACAGGUCAAACCAUGUUCCACCAAAUUCACUUUCCGGACAGAAUGUAAAUUACCCAAGCUGGGUGUAAUGCUUGUUGGCUGGGGUGGAAACAACGGAACUACAGUCACGGCCGCUGUGCUGGCCAACAAAAUAGGGCUCUCAUGGAUGACCAAGACUGGAAAGAAAGUAAGUAAACACAUACAUUAAAAGGGCUCAAAAUUUCCAUUUACCCACCAGCCACUGGAUAGUGAAAAUGUAGGUCUAGGAAAUAGAAAUUCACCCCUGGUGAGUGUGUCACGGACCCUGCAGGCUUGCAGUUGGGAAUAACUUCCAGGACUGUCUAUUAGUGUAAGACUUGUGCCCUAAUUAUAUGUUCACACUUUCUGAAAAUGAAGACAAUUCUAGAGUUUUUCACUAAACUCCAGUAACAAAUUAAAAUCUGAAAUCUAGGCAAAGUGACUGCAAAAUAGCCAAGCAUUCGGGGGCGGAGCCGAACCAGCAAGCCGUGCAGACGUGUGUAGCAUGAGCUCCUGCCCGGCGGGCAGCAAUUGGGGCAAAAGCCGCAUAUAGACCACUCAAAUACCUCUGAGGGUGCACUACCCAUGUCGGGGGUGCACCGCUAAACAGAUUUAUACCACCCUGAUGCCCGACGGGGCCAAGGGGGGUCAAAAGACAAGUGCGGCCUACUGGGACAGGGGCUGGGGAGAGGCGGCCGCACUCCCUGACACCGAGGCCAAGAAAGGCCGCCGGGGCACACACACACCAGCGAUCCCAUAAGUGGGUAAGGAAGCCAUUUUGCCCAGGCACAAGUGCUUGCCCCCACACUCCUAAGAGCGGGACUGCUAAACCAGCCACCCACACAGGUGACUCACUUGGAACGGGAGCCGGCGCUCGGUACAGCUCUUCUCAACCCCUACACGCCACAGCUACAACCCAGGGACCCAUGCAGCUGAAUGCCGGGGCAGACUCCCAGCCCAGGGGAACCCGGGCUGCACAACCCCAAUGUGACAUCAGGGACCGGGGAAUAUCCCCACCUCCACCCAGCAGCAAGACCGGGAGCCCCAAGAGGCCCGACUUACCGCGCACACUCCACAACCGACCAGAGCAGAGACUGCAUAAUGUUGCCCACCAAAGGUAUCGGCUGAAUCACUGGCCCCUCGAAACAGGCGCUCUCUGUUGCCGAAUCCUGCACCACUGCUGACAUAAACCUGCUCUCAAUGAUAAGCACUCAGACAGUAUAACCAAGUAUAUAACUAAACGCCUGUCCUGGCAGGACCACACCACAGUGAAAUAUAGUAUGUCUUGACGCAGCAUGUAGUUAAUAUAGCAUGUCCUAUCAGACUUACGUUUAACUCGGUUUGUUACCCUAGCAUGUUAUGUUAAAUAAGCGACUUGUAUUAGCCUGGCCUAACUGAACCAUACUACAGCAAACACAGUAUGUCUUAACUCAGCCUGUUGUUAAUUUAGCAUGUUUUAUCAAACUUACGUUUAACUUUUGACACGCCUAAUUACACUGGCAUGUUGUGUUAUGUUAUAUAAGCGAUCGGCAUUAGCCUGGCCUACUUGAACCAUACUACAGCAAACACAGUAUGUCUUAACUCAGCCUGUGACUAGCAUGUUAAAUCAAACUCACGUCUCACUUUUAAUAUGCCUACAUACACUAGCAUGUUAUGUUCUAAAAGCAAUGUUUAACAGCCUGUUAUUUUCAUGAUUAUACAAAAAUGUGCCGACCAAACUGCCACACUUUGAAAUGUCUUGAAAAUGCUUGUAGACACUGUUGUGGCUCUACACGCCUGUUAUCGUAUGCACAAGAAAAAUAAAGAAUAAAAAAAAAAAUAGCCAAGCAUUCAGAUAUGGCCACAUAGUUGAUGUGGUCCAGUUGGAGAAGAUAUUUUUCUACAGGGCUGCAGAUUUGCGGUGCAAUGCACAUCCAUAGAACAGACACUGGGUAUAGAUAAUAGACAUUAAAGGAGUUCCCUGCUACAGGGAAUAUGAUUGUAAAGUACAUUACGCGGCAAAAUGUCCUGCUUAGGUGGAUGAUUGAAAAAACAACUUGGAAUUCAAAGAAUCUGUACAACCAUGGGAUCAUGGUGAUCAUGGUCAGGUUCUGACUGGGAAGGUAGAGAAUUCCUGAGUAGAAGUGCAGCUCAGGAGCAGUGUUAAUUUUAGUCGACUAAAACAAUUCAGAUGGCUAAAAUACGACUAAAACUAAAAUGGCUUUUUAGUCAAAAGACUAUGACUAAAAUUAAAUUGAAAUUUGCCACCAAAAUUAACACUGGCAGAGAAGUCAUAGAGACUGGAAAGAGAAGAAGAGAAGGAUGAGCAGGUAUAAGGAGAGAAAGGCAGAGAUAAAAAGAGAUCCAGUGUUGGUUAUAGGUCAGUAGAUAAGUGUCACAAUGUUUUAAAAUAUCCAAUUGCUUAUUGAUAUGCUGCCUGUUGAAUGACUAUGGUUAUAGAUUGUAUGCAUUUCCUUUCAACACUUUGAAAUCAGUGCCAUGUUAUGCUUUGAUUUGUAAUGCAAUAUCAUGACUUGCUGUGAAUUUAAAUUAUUUACUGCACUCCUUUCAGACUGCCAAUUACUAUGGCUCAGUAUUCCAGUCCUCCACAGUGUGUCUGGGCACUGGUCCUGCUGGGGAUGUAUAUAUUCCUUUCCGAGACCUUCUUCCAAUGGUUCAUCCUAAUGACAUAGUAUUCGAUGGUAAGCCUAUAAUGUGGUUGCUGACUGAUACAUUGAACACAAAUAAGUAGCAUGGGGGCCGAGAGGAUUUUGUUUGAUAAAAUUGAACAUCCUAUCUAAGAAUGUAGUUUUCUACAUCUGUUUUUUUACAAUGUAUUUUAUUUCAUUUUUCAAUGAAUAUAUCAACAUAGAACAGGGGGGUACAGAAGAAAAGAAGGGAGGGGAGGACAUUGGUACAUAUCACAACAUUCUGUACACAGGCAUCAUUAAACAUUUUGUACAAGAGUUAGUUAUUAGUAGCAAUUGGCUGUUUAACAUUUAUAAUUCGUAGCGGGUGAUACAUCUGUACAAUUGUUUUCCUGUUUACAUUUCCUGGCGAUAGCCCUGAUACAUCAUGUCCUAACUGAAUGAGGGAGGGGGGGGGCAGCGUUUGAUAUCCUCUAACAUCUACAUCUCCUGUAUUGCACUAGAUAGCCUUUGGCCCUGUUAUUAGUAUUAUUUUAUGUUUGUCAUUUUAUGUCCCUCCAUACCUGUAUUCCACCCAUCUGUGCCACCGCGUCGCAUAUUAGCUUGGUAGGGACUAAGUACCAAUGCAUGGUUAAUUUGCAGAAUGUUUCCCACUGGGUGAGGCUAUGGGACCUGUUUUGUUUUCUUUUGAGCAUGGUACCAUGUUGCUAUUGAGAAUUGUUUCCCAAUAUCCAUUUCCCAUUUAGUCAUGUACGGGGGUUUUACUGUUAUAUUUUGGAGUACAAGUGCGUUAUAGCAUAGGGACAUCGCUUUCACAUUUGGCAAUUUCCCCAUACAUUUUUGGAUGAAUGGUGGCAAGAGAUUGGGCUGCCUUAAACUAUGCCUACAUUCCUGCGUUAUGUUUCUGAUUUGUAGGUAAGAGAAUAUUUCCCGAGGCGGUAGGUGGUAUUCCCUAGUUAUGUCCGGGAAUGGUUUGAUACCUGAGAAAGUCAAUAAGGAGCGUACAUGGUGGACCCCUUGUCUCAGCCAAGGGUCCACCUGCAGGUUUGUCGUUCGGGCAGCCAGGUCUUGUAGUGGCGCUGCAAGGAGUAGGUUGUUCUCUUGUAAGAAUAGUGGGGUAGCCUGCUUCCAUGUGUGGAGCAGCGUUUCUGUGACCGGUAGCAAAGUCUUUGACCUGGGGAGCUUUGUUCCUGCCCAAAGGGUAAGUGGGAUCGUGCCAGUGGGCAUACAUGCAUUUUCUAGCGCUAGCCAUACCGGAGGAGAUAAACGCUCAAGGAGUUUUCUACAUCUGUAAUAAAUGAAAAGCACAUUUUUAAAGUACAGUUUGGAAACAAGAACAGGGGCAUUUGAACUGGUUUGCAAUUUGCUCCUAUUAGUCUUUUCAAUGCUGGAAAGGAAACUCAGAGAGGCAAAUGAAAAAUAAUGCAAUAUUUCUGCUCAUAUUAUCUACAUUACCUCUUUUUAUGUCCAGACGGGUCAAUAUAGCUUUAUAUCCUUCUAAGUAUUGAUAAAAUUAGUACCAUUUGUUAACUACAUCUAUACCUCUGGAAGUAACUGAAAAUUCUAGAAAGCUAAAUGUAAUAUUUCUUUUGAAUAUUAAUUGUCGUAAUAAAAUAUAUAUAUAUAUAUAUGAAAAAAAAGAUACAGAAAUGCAUUUUGCAAAGUUUUGGAAACCCUCUAUAAAAUAAUAGUUUCUUUAAUUUAUCUUCCGACAAAUAUUAACAAAACAAAAAUACAAUGGCUUCAAAUGCUGGGGUUGUCUCAUGUUUCAACCGUUUUAAGUUCUUCACUCAUUUGGAUUGUGAAAGUGGGCUGAGGACUACUUUCUUAUGUAGAAAAAAGAAAACUAAAGCAGGUUUCAUAAAUGUAAAUAAAGGGGGCAGGAUUGUUCAUUGUGCCUGGCAUUUGUAUAUGCUGCUUUUUGCUAUGAACCCAUUUAUGUCUGAGGUAUAACUUCUCCUCCGACAGCGUGGUGUGUCAUUAGCAGCCUGGAACAAGAGUUCCCGAUAAGAAAAGGUAUGGUGAGAGAAAAUAAUGGGGUGGAGGGAAUUUAGAGGGAAAAAAAUCUUGAAAUAUAUGUUUAAAAUAGCUAAAUGCAAUUACAAAGAUUUUUAAAAUCAGUAUGUUAUAUUAUACAAUAGAAUUGUAAUGCGUCUGACUCUUUAUCAUGAUAUUAUUAGACUGAUGCCUAUGUUUGACAUAAUUAUUUUCCCUUUCUUAUUUUCCCAUUACAGUACUAAUAUCUCUUAUUCAACUACGCUUAUUUAGUUCUUAAACAGGUUUUCUUAAUCAAACAUUAUCAGGUCCUACCGUAAACAAUGUUUUUCAAUAUUCUGUACAUUCCUACAUUUUUGUUAUAGUCGCUUUAUCAUGUUUCGUGUAGUUAAAGUGCGAACUGUUGGCACUUUAUACAAAGUAUAUAGUGUGAUAGAUGAAUUGGUUGUACGUGCGCAGAUAAAAUUUUCUGUACAGAUUUUAAACAUAUUCCGCUAAGCAAAUAGUUGCACUAGGAAGCAACAUUAGAGAUAAGUGCAACAAACAAAAUGGAAGCACAACCCCUACCACCCAAAACACAGAUGAUUAAAAUAUACUUAUCCUCCCCAAUUUAGAGACAAGUAUAUGCAAUUGGAAUAAAGUAGAUCUGUAGAAAAAGUAUAAGGUACAAAAGCUCUCAUACCGUAAUAAGGUCUCAACAGUUGUAAGUUAGAGAGAAUAAUUGGCCCACUCACAUCUUACAGAGCUUUAUAUAGAAGUCUCUCACUUUUAUUGUUGGUGAUAUCAGGGUGGUUGUGUUGUUCUCCACGAUCUUUUCAAUUGUUCUGCUCCCCUGCAUGCAUAAAUAAAGGAAACUUCAGAGAUGUUGGUGGAAAAUUGACUUUAAUAAGAAGAUUUGAGGCAGAGCCUGACCACUGAAACGAGCGGCCGCACAAGCUUGCAAAAAAAACCCAACAAAUAUAUUUAGAGCCCUUACCUUCCAAACUUGGCUAAGAGAGCCCACCUGGUCGACCCAAACUACAUGGGGCGCAGAUCCAAACGACCAACACCAGAUAAGCCCACACAGGGGGCUUACUAUCCAAGACAUGUGGAAGCAAGCAAAUGGCGCCAGUGGGCCCAAGAUGACUGCUCUCUCAGGCGGCUGCUCAGAUUUCUCGGACGAGUUCUCUGGCGACGCUGAGGAAGACUACUUACCCAUGCCUGCUCCGGCAUGGUGCAGACGGCAAAACAAACCAGGUGCAGACUCCUCACCAGUGACCACAUCGGUCCUAAAAGCACUGGUAGCUGACCUGCAAAAAAACAUCUUGGCAGCUGUAACGGCGAUGCGAAGUGACCUGCAUGGACAGGCCACAUCAGGGCUCUGGAGGGAGCUUCCCAAACAAUCACCCGGCAUAUUGCCACACUUUAACAAGCUGUAAGUGACCUGCAGUAGCAGAACUUGUUGCAUGAAUGCUGCUUUGCGGCUAUAGAAAACACACGGAGAAGAAACAACCUUAGGGUCAGAGAGGUAUCAUAAGACAUUCCAGAGGCGGAAUUGACAAACUUCUUGAGAUAUGCUGUUGGCCUUGCUACCAUCUAGGUAGGUGAAAGCUACCACCCUUGAUGGACUCUUUCAAAUCCCCAAAUCUAGCAAAGCACCAUCUACAGCCCCAAGAGACCUAAUAGUUACCUUCCACAGUGGAACGACAAAGCAGCGGUCCUCACAGCCUUUAAGGGGCAAAUUGUCUUUCCACUUCGAGAACAUGGUGUUAUCAUUCUAUGCCGACUUGUCGAGUGGCACUCUAGCCUGGCAAAGGUUGCUUCAACCGCUCACCUCCCUGCUCCAACAACAAGGUGCUCACUACCGAUGGCGCCAACCCCGCAUGCUUAUGGUUCAAGCAAGGGAACGAUACGCAUUUUAUCCAAUAUCUCCCGAGCUCGGCAGCUCUACUGCGGGAUCUAGGCUUACCCAAGGACUCGCUGAAACAACCGGGGACACACAAUACUACCCCCACGACCCACACCUGGGAUCCAGCAAGAAUCACCACAUUCAUCCCGCAAGGAGCAACACCUGUCUGUCACUACUUGAAGAGAGACUCAAAUGGCCCCUUUGGCGAUACUUACUGUUUACUAACUAAUGUUUUUAGUUGUUCUGUUGAACUCACUCGAUUUCCUACCCACACAACGCCCUGACCAAUCCAGUACAGACCACUUGGUUUGUACAUCGCCUCCCACCCACCCCAACGAGAUAGGCCCAACAGCAGGCUUAAGGUAUGAACAAGUGUGCUAAGCACGUGGGCAACAUACCAUCUAUGGAGCGCAGCUUCUCCCUAAGCUAAAAGCAUAAGGCACAGCAUUCCGAGCCUGCCUUAAAGGGACACUGUAGUCACCAGAACAACUACAGCUUAUUGAAUUAGUUCUGGUGCGUAGAAUCAUUACCUUCAGGUGUUUUUCUGUAAACACUGUCUUUUCAGAGAGAAUGCAGUGUUUACAUUACAGCCUAGUGAUAACUUCACUGGCCACUCCUCAGAUAGCUGUUAGAGAUCCUUCCUGGGUUAUAGCUGCCUAAAAUGCAUCCAAACAUUCAGUAGCUCCUCCCUCUGCAUGCAGACACUGAACUUUCCUCAUAGAGAUUCAUUGAUUCAACUCAUCUCUAUGAGCAGAUGCUGAUUGGCCAGGACUGUGUUUGAAUUGUGCUGGCUCUGCCUCUGCCUCUGCCUCCUUGUCAGUCUCAGCCAAUCCUGCAUAUCUAUAUAGCACCCCCGCCAGCUCAAGGCUGCAAUCUUGCCUACAUGAUUACAGGUUUAUAUAUGCCGACUUAGGACCUGCAGUCUCAUCACCUUAUCACAUACAAUUUUCAUAUGGCCUGGUAGACUCUGCCCAUGAUCCGAGCCCCCUCCGCAUGCAAGGGUGCAAUCCAACCGAGGGAAUCGGCUGACUGCUAGUCACCCACUGUUUCUGGCUCUAGAAGUAGCCAUGAUAUACAAGGGACCGGCUACCACUAAGAUCCAGAGAUAUUGUUUUAUUAUGAUUUUGACACGUUGUCUUUUCACCUUUGUUUUCUUGCCAGUAACUACUGUCAUAGAUGCCAGCAUAUAGCAGUGUGAAUAAUCAGACUUCGUUAGUGUAAUCUUCGCCUCAAAGCCUAACGUAACUAUUAUAAACCUUACUCAACUAUCCUAGACAUAAUCUGUAAAUCUUAAAUUUAGAUCUAAUGUUCAGCCUGUCUAUCAUGCUUUUUGCUCUUUUCAAAAAUAAAGUGCACCUGACUCAUAUGCCAUAUAUUACUGUUUUCAUAUGUAAGAUUUCAAUUCGCUUGUUGAUGUUGUUGUGGCAUCACAAGCGGGCAUGUUUUCUAUUUGCACAAUGAAAAUAAAGAGUAAAAAAAAUAAGAAGAUUCGAGACUAAUAAAUAAGCAUGAAUCACACAAACCUGUAUAUAACAGUCCAGCAUUGGCACAACAUGUUUCGACUCUGAAAGUCUUCUUCCUGUUGCAUAAUGGGUAAAGUAUGCCUUCUCCUAUAAAAGUUUUUUGUAUGGAAAUUGAAGUUGGCGCCCUCAUCCUGGCACUGCUCUCCGCAUUUCUGUCUACUUCCAGGGUGCGCCCCAACGUCAUUAUGUAUGACGUCACACAUGGGCGCAACUCUUGGUAUACUGAUGUACUUGUAUUAUGGCAUCUUAUCUUUAACACGUGAUCAGAACUUUCUGUAUUCAUGUUUUUAAAGGGGAUGAUAUUGUCCAUCUUUGAAAGCACAAUGUUGUUAUUCUCUAUAUAAAUAUGUCCAUAAUAAAUUGUGGAUGACAAGUCCACCUUCAGGGUUUGUAUUUUUGGUAUUGAGUUUAUGUAUAUCUAAAACAAAACUUUUUGAGUUUAUGUACCCAUUUUAUUCUCAUAGGUUGGGAUAUUUCAUCCCUAAACCUGGCAGAUGCAAUGAGACGGGCAGAGGUUCUGGACUGGCAGCUCCAGGAGCAACUGAGACCUUUUAUGGAGAAGAUGAAGCCAAGACCUUCAAUCUACACCCCAGAUUUUAUUGCGGCCAAUCAGGAGGGCAGAGCCGACCAUGUUAUUCAUGGGACCAAAGCAGAACAGGUCAGCUGUCAUAUACUGUUCUAUUCAACAAUUGUAGAUCUCAUUUUAUGCUUGUAUGAGCUGGGCACUAUACCUCUCUCUGUACCAGUAUAUCGCUGCAUGUAUGUUACGUUGAUGUUUGACAGACAUUCCUUAAAGUACCUCUCUUAUGUUGUACAGCAUUGAGUAAUCUGAUUGUGCCCUUUACUAUGGAUCUAGCACAACUGUCAAAUGCUAAAUGUGAAAAAGACUGUGUUCUAAAAAACAAUUCAGUUUUGUUUAAAUCGUGUCUCUUUUAUGUCACUGUAGAUUCAAAAGAUUCGUGAAGAUAUUCAGGAUUUCAAGAGAACCAGUGGUGUAGACAAAGUUAUCGUGCUGUGGACUGCGAACACAGAACGCUUCUGUGAUGUGAUUACUGGAGUUAAUGACACGGCAGAUAACUUACUUAAAGCUAUUGAGGUGAGCUGUACCUUGACUGUCAGAUUUCAUAACUGUCCUAUCAUUGUUACUUGAUGUAAAGAGACUUGGAAUUAGUGAUCAUAUUUAUUGCAGAGAGAGAGAAUGUUUGUGAUUACUGUACUUUGUGCACAUAAUUCUAGCAUUAAAUGUUAUUUAUGUGAAGAUAGACAUUUAGGAAAGUAAAGUCACAACAUUCUCGCAGGUGAAAUCCACCCAUAACUAAAUUAAUGAUGAUUUCUGCAGCUCUUACUCUGUGUUCUGUGCACAUCAAGAAUUGAAGAUAUUCUAAGGCAAAGCCACAUAAAGAGGGAAGUUUAGGUGCAUUAAUAUGCAAAUGAUUAACGUCUUCUUAAAGGGUCACUAUAGGCACCCAGACCACUUCAGCUCAAUGAAGUAGACUGGGUGCCAGGUCCCCCUAGUUUUAACCCUGCAGCUAAAAACAUAGCAGUUUCAGAGAAAUCUGCUAUGUUUACGCUGCAGGGUUAAUCCAGCCUCUAGUGGCUGUCUCCCUGACAGCCACCAGAGGCCACUUCCACGAUUUACACGGAGUCCAGCGUCAAAAAAGUAAUGCUUUCCAAUGGGCGGGUUUGAAUGCGCGCGUGUCUCUGUCCGUGCAUGCACAUUCAGCUCCACGCGGAAUCAGACGUUGAUGGAGGAGGAGAGGUCACCAGCGCUGGAUUAAGGUAAGCAAAUAAAUGGUUAAUUAACCAUUUAUUCACCGUGGAACGGGGCCUUAGUCACAUAAACGGUAACUAGAGCUCUAUAGCAUUAGGAAUACAAAUAUGUAUUCCUAAUUCUAUAGUGUUCGUUUAAAGAUAACUACAUAUUUUGAGCUGUUAUGCUGCUCAGGGAGUGUUUUAUGUUGUGUCAUACUCUCAUAUAUAAGUAAAUAAGGUUUGUUUUUUUUAAUGUCUCUUUUCCGCUAUGAAACAUUGUAUAACACUGAAAUAUGAAAUUGUUGUGAAACUUGAUUAAACUACAUUUUGACCCUUGCAUCUGAUAUAUAUUUAUAAUGGUAUUUUCUUUCUUCUUCCCUCUUGUUUAGCGUGGUCUUGAGGUCUCUCCGUCCACGAUGUUUGCAGUUGCUAGCAUUCUGGAGGGGUGUGCUUACAUCAAUGGAUCGCCACAGAACACUUUUGUUCCUGGGGCAAUUGAGCUGGCCAUAAGACACAAGGUGUUCAUUGGUGGAGAUGACUUUAAAUCUGGUCAGACCAAGAUUAAAUCUGUACUGGUGGAUUUCCUUAUCAGUGCAGGACUAAAGGUAACUAUUGUGAAACAAUUUCCCAUGAUACAAUUAUUAUUAUUUUUUUAAAUCCCUUAAAAUAAAUAAAUAGUUAAUAUGAAAGUAGUCAUGAUACUUAAAGGGAUUUUGAUGAGAUUAGAUUUAUUUUUCUGGCCUUUGACACACACUUAUAAUUACAUAAUGUAUUUUUUUAAUAUUUUGUUUAUACAUUAUUUUGAUGAGCCUGCGUUUACAACUUCUGUAGUGAUCAAUCUUUCGAUAUAGCAGUAAUCUUGGCACUCCCAUUGUCAAGGCGAAUGCCGAGCUUAUCAUACCCAUACCCUUAUCCAUGGAACUUUUUAUAUUAUUUAGUACUAAUAGUAAUUAGUGAAUUAAAGGGACACUAUAGUCACCAGAACAACUACAGCUUAUUGAAUUUGUUCUGGUGAGUAGAAUCAUUACCUUCAGGCUUUCUGCUGUAAACACUGUCUUUUCAGAGAAAACGCAGUGUUUACAUUACAGCCUAGUGAUAACUUCACUGGCCACUCCUCAGAUGGCUGUUAGAGAUCCUUCCUGGGUCAUGGCUGCUUAAAAUGCAUCCAAACAUUCAGUAUCUCCUCCCUCUGCAUGCAGACACUGAACUUUCCUCAUAGAGAUUCAUUGAUUCAACUCAUCUCUAUUUUUAUUUAUUACUGCUAUUUAUAAAGCGCCAACAGAUUCCGCAUCGCUGUACAAUUAGUGGAGAACGUACAAUAUACACAGACAAAUACAAGUGGUAGAGAGAGCCUUGCCCGUAAGCUGAUAUCUAGCCAUUGGGGCUCUUUUAUAUAAAGUGCUUGGCUAGAUGGCCCGUGAACUUAUAAUUUAAAGGAAUGAAGAGAUGCUGAUUGGCCAGGGCUGUGUUUGAAUCAUGCUGGCUCUGCCCCUGAUCUACCUCCUUGUCAGUCUCAGCCAAUCAUAUGGAGAAGCAUUGUGAUUGGAUCAGGCUACCACUUUUGAUGAUGUCAGCAGACUGCUUGUUUUUCUGAGGCAAACAGCAUGCAGGGUUACAGCUUCAGGCUUGAAUACAGUAAGAUUUUGAUUUAUAUAUAUAUGGAGGCAUGAGGGGCCUAGGGGGGCUAGAUGGUGGUUUUAACACUACAGGGUCAGGAAUACAUGUUUGUGUUCCUGACCCUAUAGUGAUCCUUUAAUAUAGUAGUUCUGGUAUCUAUAGAAUGCCCUUGCAGGCUGAUCAACCAAAAUGCUAUCGUUUCAGAGUAAAUGCAGUGUUUGUAUUACUGCCUGGUAACCCCUCUAAUGGCAUUCACUCAGACAGCCACUAGAAGUAAAACCCUUAAUGUUCCCCAUAGAGAUGCAUUGAUUCAAUGCAUCACUAGGAGAAGAUGCUGUUUGGCACAGUGUGGUGUUUUUCAACACAUACGCAAUAGCCUCCCAAUGCUUUUCUUGAUGAUUUUAGUCAUAGUGGCUGAGUGAGACCAGCUCAGCGAUGGAGUAAAGGUAAGUAAAGCUACCUUUUAACUCCUUGCUGAAGGGAUACAGACACCUAAAUAGGUAGUCCAGCACUAUAGUGUUAGAAAUACAUGAUUUUAUUCCUAAUACCAUAGUAUUCCUUUAACCUAUAAUAAAAUCAGACUGCAAUAUAUUUUACAGCAUACCACUGAUUUAAUUUUUAAAGCCCUGUUGAAUGUAAGAACAUUGUAUUGUGGAAUUAUCCACAAUAAAACUCUUUUAAAUAUUACUUUAGCCUAACGGCUCACCAUGUAACUUUAUUUUUGUUGCAGACUGUCUCAAUUGUGAGUUAUAACCAUUUGGGUAACAACGAUGGUAAGAACCUCUCUGCACCCCAGCAGUUUCGCUCCAAGGAAAUCUCCAAGAGCAAUGUUGUGGAUGAUAUGGUUGAGUCAAAUGCCAUUCUGUAUGGACCCAAUGAAAAACCAGACCACUGUGUGAGUUAGCGUCUUUAAAAAUUUUCAUGUGUUUAGAACUGAAGGAAAUUUUACAUCAUCAUUAUACUGUUGUGUGGUGGUCUAACCUUUGGCAUCCAACCUGUUUGUCUCCUGCUGUCUGCCUGAAGACACAAGUAACUAUAGAAAGUUGGGAAAAAUAUACAGUCAAGCUGACAAACUGAUUGUGUGUUCAGAUAUAUUAAUUAAAGGAAACCUCUAAAGUAUUUUUAUUAAAAAUGUUUAGAUAAAAUACAUUUGGAGAGUAGUGGUGGUAUUGAAAGAAGCACUUUUGCCGUGUACUUUAAAAUAAUUAAGAUUUGUGUUCAGUUUUCUCCUGUGUAGUUUUCAAAAAGUAUUUUUUUUAAAAAGUGACAGUUCUGCUUUAAAUGACCUUUAUAACAGCACUCAAUCUCCGAUAUCUUUGCUGUAAUGUCUGUAAAUGGGGAGACAGGUGACCCUUUGUUAUCCUCUGGGAAGGUUGAUGAGUUUGAGGAUUUUCUCAAUAGAAGGCGGUCAAGGGUUAGCUAGAAUCUAUUUUUACACAAGAGAUAUAAAGUUCACCAGUUGUUCUUAUCUACUGACAAACAGUGCAUGAAAUGUACAAAGAUCCAUUGCAAAGAGCAGAUGUAGUCAAAUAGCAGACAUCCACCUACUGGCAGAUCUCUACCAGCAAAUUACUGUUUGCUUUGUGUUCCACGAUGUAAAGCAUACACAUAUGUAAUGUUCUAGUACCUGAAAGUUCCAUGUUAGAACAGUCAUUCACCAGAAAGAGUAAGGCCUUUCGGGGUGGGGAUAAUCCAUACCUUAGCUUUAUUAGUGGUUAUUCUUUUGCAUACAAAACUACAGGGACAACCGAACAAAUAAACAUUACACAAUAAAGCAUUUCUUAAAUAGACAAAUACUCCACCAUAACACAUUUUUUUUAAAAAAUGUAAGUUUGUCUUUAAGUUUAUUACUUAUAUUUUCAGGAUGUACACAUUGUGCCUCAGUGUGGUAGCUAAUGUUCACUGGUGAUUUAUUUUUUCUUGUUCUAUAAGGUGGUGAUAAAAUAUGUUCCUUAUGUGGGAGACAGCAAACGAGCAUUGGAUGAAUAUACAUCAGAAAUAAUGAUGGGAGGAACAAACACAAUUGUCAUUCACAACACAUGUGAGGUAAAAUAAUCAUCUAUUAUCCACUUUUUAUAUAAAUUGACCUAUAGCAUCAAAUCUACUUUGAUUUGGUAAACAUAGUAGCAUAUCCUGGAGCUUCGAUUACAAUGCAAAAUGUACAUCUUUUACAUGUGGUCCACCAAAUGUUUUUUUUUUUUUUCUGGAGUAUUUGAGAGUUGAAUUUUGCACACUAGUAACACUGCCUUAAGGACACUACCUAACCCAUAAGGGUAUGUGUGGUUCAUCUGUAAACCUAAAUAUACUUGUGCACAUACAUUCAUAAUUUUUGUUGGCCCAGAAAAGUGGUAGUGGUUUCCCUUCAGAGGUAAAUGUGUUAAAGGUCUUCCCCUGAUUUCUCACCACACCUCUUAACUUGUGUCUCUAACUGCCUCUCUGCUGUUUCCAACUGGAUGGCUGCGCACUUACUUAAACUCAACCUGUCCAAAACAGAACUUCUGGUCUUCCCUCCCUCAAGUGUUGCUACUCCCUUGUCUGUUUCCCUCCAAGUCAAUGGCGCUACCAUCAGCUAUACCUCGCAGGCUCGCUGCCUAGGUAUUCUCUUUGACUCCGACCUCUCCCUUACCCCUCCAUGUCCAAUCAAAUCGCCAAAUCAUAGCGCGCAUCCACCCCUAUUUAAUGCCUGAUAUGGCUUAGGUGCUUGUUCAUGCCACUGUCCUCUCUUGCCUUGACUACUGUAACCCACUUCUCAGUGGUCUUACGUGUUUACAACUUGCCCCGUUACAGUCUAUAAUGUAUGCGGCAAGGCUUUCCGCCCGCACCUCCCACUCCCCUCUGUCAGUUCCUACACUGGCUUCCUGUAAGAUAUAGGGCUCAUUUUAAGAUCCUGGUACUUGUUUACAAAUCUCUACACAAUGGUGCUCCAACCUACCUAUCCUAAUACACAAAUAUGUCCCUUCUAGGCCCCUUCACUCUGCCGAAGACCUACAUCUAAUCUCUGAUGCUCGCCUUAACCCCUUAAGGACACAUGACAUGUGUGACAUCUCAUGAUUCCCUUUUAUUCCAGAAGUUUGGUCCUUAAGGGGUUAAAGACUUCUCUAGGGCUGCACCAUUCCUAUGGAACAUCCUUCCCCUCUCUGUUAUACUUUCACCCAGUCUCUACUCCUUCAAAAAAUCUUUGAAAACUUCUUCAUAAAAGCAUUUUAAUUAAACUGUCAACAGCUUUUCCUCCCCGCACCCUGAUUCCUCUCCUGCAACUGUCAUCAAAACAAAACCCUAAGCCUUCAGUGAGUACUAUCCUAGCAACCCACUUUUCUACCCUGCCGUUACCUUUUGUGUCACUUUACCCCACUCCCUCUAGCAUGUAAGCUCAUUGAGCAGGGCCCUCAAUCCCUCUGUUCCUGUGGGUCCGACUAAUCUGGUUACAAAUACAUGUCAAUGAAAGUGUCCCUGUAGAAAGUCUUUCAUGCUGUUUUUGCUUCAUAUCUCAUCUAUGUACACACUUAAAUCUAUAACGUUGGAGUAUGAGCCUGAUUUAUAGCACAAAAAUUUUCUAUUCUUAAUAUUUUCUCAGGACUCCCUGCUUGCCAGCCCCAUUAUUUUGGACCUUGUGAUUCUUACUGAAAUUUGCCAGAGGAUUACCUUCUGCACAGAGGCAGACCAGGAAUUCCAGACUUUCCACAGUGUCUUGUCCAUUCUCAGCUUCCUCUGCAAAGCACCUCUUGUUCCAGACGGAACUCCAGUAGUCAAUGCACUUUUCAGACAAAGGAACUGCAUUGAGAACAUCUUCAGGUACCUCACGUUAUGUCAGAUUUUCGUGCAAAGCAUUGUCAAUAUUAAAUAUUACCAACCUAAUUUUCCAACUAAUUUAGUUGUAGGUGCAGUGUAAAUGGAACAAUUAAAUAUGAGACAAAAUAAACAGAUUCUUACCUACAAUUCUGAUUCAAAUUGCUAUGUUAAAGACUUGUAAUUUAAUUUUUUUCCCCAAAGAAGUGUAAUAAAAUGCCUUUCUGUCACUUUAGGGGGCAUAAACUUCCCAAGUGAAAAUAGAACUGUGAUUCCUCAGACAAAAUAGCAAAUUAGUGUUGAUCAUUGAUUCCUCAUUUCAUUAAAUAGAACAGAAAAGUAAUAAUAGUGUAAUACUAAAUAACCUUAUUGUUGUAAAAUGUACACUCAUGCUUACCAAAGCCAGUGUUUUGACAGUUAGUUUGAUACCACCCAACAUCAUAGCUGGCUCUUUAGAGUAGUGAAAGCUUUUGGGGAAAAUAGGUAUCCCAAAAAUAGGGUUGUUUGACAAAAAAAGAAGCUAAACUGCAUUCGUGUGACUUCUGCUGUGUUGAAGUAACUGUAAUUUGAUUCCUGUUUGUUGGACAUGUAGGCCGGACUUCUCAGCUGAGGAAUCAAGGGUGCUAAAAUAUAGCUUUUAUUGAUAAGCUAAAAAAAAAAUCAAUGAAAAUCAGAAGUAGGGGUCAAAUGUCAGAUGUGUUUCAUGCCCCAAGGCAUUUGUCCCCCAUUUUUUUUUCUUUACAUUUUUAUUGGUACCCUUUGAAUGGAGCUCCUUAAGUGGCAAUCCUGUUCGUUGUAACAAAUGGUUGCCCAUGUUCAUUCCCCCCCACCCCCUGUGUAUUUAUUGCAAAGGAAUGUAUAAAAAAUAUAGGCCAAACUUAAAAGUAAAACUACAAAUACUAAAAAGCAAACAAACAGAAAAACAACAACCAGCCUGGGUGUCAAAUCAGUCACAUACAUCUUCAAGGACACGUGAACUAAUAUUGUAUUAUGAUUUAACACUAUAAGACAUAAUAUUUUUUUUGCAUACACAGUCAAAUACUUGGACUUCUUUUCUGUAACGUGCAUGUGCAAGUAAUGCAUUAGACACCUUGGUCUUUUGUAUACUUUGACAUAUUAAGAGAAAAGCUGGAUGUUUUCCAAGUGAACAACCCAUGUGUGUCACUAUAAACAAAUAUAUAUAUAAAAAAUAGAAUGUGUUUACUAGUAAUCAUAUUGACGUACUGUUUCUUUAACAUUGCCUCAUUGGUGGAUGUACAAUUUAAGUAAUUAUCCUGUUUUCCCUUUAUUAGAGCAUGCUUGGGUCUUUCUCCUCAAAACCACAUGAUGUUGGAACACAAGAUGCAGAAAAGCUUUAUGCAUCUGAAACGACCUAACCCAGUUUCUGUACCAUGUCCCAUCUCCAUUAAGAAGGGGACCAGUCAACUCAAUGGCUUCCAUUCGGAGAGCACCACCAAUGGCCAUUCUAAUGGAUUACAGAAGGCUGCAACCAGCAGUGACACUGAGAUAGAGAAUUAGAGAAGGUGUAGACAAAAUUCCAUCUUACUGUUAGAAUCUACUGGACCAUCUCUUAGAGAACUAAGCUGCUUAGACUUUUGGAAUCCACAUUACUAGGAACUUCAUACUGUGUGCUGUAUAUAACAUUUUCAAGGACUGGCAGUUUCACUCUGUGCUCCCUGGGUGUUUGGUUACCUCAGAGCUCAAUAAAGUGAACCUUUGGAAACCUAUGUCAUGUUCCAUGUCAUGCUGGAACAUAUUUGGUAAUUGUAUUAAUUCAAAUUCUAAUAUGUACACAUGGUUUCCUUUAAAAUAAACACUAUUAAAAUAAAUCCCAUUAAUAUAUGUUUUAAAUACCUUGUUUGUAGGGUUUAAUUUGAUGUCCAAGAUUUCCUUCAAACAUUCUGAUUCAGCAAAUCCAACAGGUGGGGGUACAUGUCUGUAGUGUUCUGAGGUAAUUUCAUUGGUAUUUUAUUUAGUACAAUAUAUGGUUUCUACAUGGAUUUUAUAUGGAAUGCAAAAACACCAUUUUGUUUUUCUAAUAUUGUGAUGGCUAAAUUCUAUCAAUUUAAGCUGGGUUGAUAGCUAUUACCUUGAUUAGACACUUUCCAAACAGUCCAAAUUCAAAUUGGCUGUUAUAUUGUCAGUAACGAAAAUGGCUGCAUACAUGGGUCAUUUUACUAAUACUUGUAAAAACCAUAAGACUUCGAAAAGAGUGCUUGAUUAUUGUAAGUGAUACGUUGUUGUUUUUUGUUUUUUUUGUAGAGAACUGUUUUCCAAAUUAUUCCUACUUUUGUGUAACAAAUACAAUUUAAAACUAAACUAAAAUGUCUUUCAUCUGAAACCUUCCUUUCUAUCAUAUAACUACACAAAUAUUUUGUCUCCUGCCUCUCUUAUAGGCUGGGUCAAGUGGACCCCCAAGCCUUAAUACGGACCAUAAUACUGAAUCAUUGGAUAGUGAGCCUCUUAUUCCCAAGUCUAUGAACUGCCCUUGUAUUUGUGCUUGCACAAUCUGUUGACAAAACAGCCAUUCACUCCUAAGUAAUGAAAUAUAGGUAGGUAGAUUGCUG